ACGUCCCUCCCCUCACCGCCCUCCGCCGCCCUUUCCCGCCCACACCGGCGGCGGUUGCCCGUUGCGGAGCAUGGCUCCCCGUGCGCCGCUGGCGCUGUCUCUCCUCCUCCUCCUCCUCCUCUCCCCCUGCCUCACCGCCUCCUCCAAGCUCAACAUCCCGAAGGUGUUGCUGCCCUUCACCCGCGGCACCCACGUCAACUUCACGCUGGAGGCCAGCGAGGGUUGCUACCGAUGGUCCUCCACCCGGCCGGAGGUGGCGAGCAUAGAGCUGAUAUAUCAGGAUGAGCGCCAGUGUUCCCAGAAAGCUCUUGUCCAGGCACGGUCCUCGCAGCCCACUCGACUGACAAGUAUCAUCUUUGCUGAAGAUAUAAUGACUGGACAAGUGCUUCGUUGUGAUGCUAUAGUGGAUACAAUUCAUGGCAUCCAGAUCGUGUCCACAACAAGAGAGCUCUAUCUUGAAGAUUCACCACUGGAGCUAAAAAUUCAGGCUUUGGAUUCUGAAGGAAACACUUUCAGCACACUGGCCGGGUUAGCCUUCAACUGGACAAUAGUAAAGGACACAGAGGCUGAUGGCUUCUCGGAUUCCCACAAUGCGCUGCGUAUACUCAAGUUCUUUGAAUCCACUUAUAUUCCACCUUCCUAUAUAUCAGAGAUGGAAAAAGUUGCUAAGCAAGGAGAUACUAUUUUGGUGUCUGGGAUGAAAACAGGGAGUUCUAAAAUAGAAGCAAGAAUAGAGGAAAACAUCUAUAUGCAUGUACAACCUGCAGAAGUCAGAUUGCUCAUUUUGGAAAACAUCCUUUUAAAUCCAGCGUAUGACGUUUAUCUUCUGGUAGGAACAUCAGUUCAGUACAGAGUUCAGACAGUCAGGCAAGGGAAGAUCACAGAAUUACGAAUGCCGUCAGAUCAGUAUGAGCUGCAGCUACAGAACAGCAUGCCAGGUCCCGAGGGAGAUGCCUCAUGGCCAGUUGCCAAGUUGGACCAGGCAAGCUCAGUUGUAACUGCACUGCGGCGGGGACAAACUAACCUCGUACUGGGGCACAAGAGUAUUCGCAUGCAGGGGGUUUCCAGGCUGCCCAACAGCACUGUCUACGUUGUGGAUCCUGGGUAUUUAGGAUUUACAAUUCAACCAUGUGACAGAUGGGUCCUAGAAACAGGGAGACUUUAUGAAAUUUCAAUUGAAGUGUAUGAUAAAUCGAGCAAUAAGGUGUAUUUAUCUGAUAGUAUCAGAAUUAAUGCAGAGCUGCCCAAAGAAUAUUUUGAGGUGCUGAAGUCAUCUCUGAAUGGAUCAUAUCAUUAUGUGAAAGCAAUAAAGAAGGGUCAGACUGUUCUCGAUGCUGCACUGACAUCAGUAGUGGAUCAGGAUGGAGGCGUUCAUACAUUACCAGUUCCAGUGAAAAACCAACAAGAUGUUGAAAUAUAUGCUCCUAUAGUUCUUUCCCCCAGCAUUUUGACGUUUCCUUGGCAGCCCAAAGCAGGAGUCUACCAGUACACCAUACAGGCUCAUGGUGGAAGUGGAAAUUUCAGCUGGACCUAUUCUAACCAGGCCGUUGCUACAGUGAGUGCCAAAGGAGUAAUGACAACUGGAAGUGAUCUUGGCAUCAGUGUUAUUCGGGCAACUGAUCUUCAGAAUUCGAUACAUCAUGGAGAAAUGAGGGUGUACGUAACUGAACCUACUGGGAUGGAGUUCACACCCUGUCAAGUUGAAGUAUAUGUUGGCCAAAUACUGGAGCUGCCCCUGAAGAUCAGUGGCCUGACGGAUAUUGAAAAGGGUGAGAUAGUCCCACUGAGCGACUGCUCACACUUCGAUCUAGCUGUGGAAGUAGAAAACCGUGGUGUGUUCAGGCCACUUCAAGGAAGGCUUCAGCCAACUGCUGAUUUUUGUAGUGGAGUCAGAGUGAAAGCUGAAACUCGAGGAUAUACAACACUUACGGUCAGCUACGCCCAUGGUCACGUCCACCUCAGUGCCAGCAUCACCAUUGCUGCUUAUCUACCAUUAAAAGCCAUUGAUCCUCUGACUGUUGCUUUAGUGACUUUGGGUUCCUCUAAAGAUAUGUUAUUUGAAGGAGGACCUAGACCAUGGGUACAAGAACCUUCAAAGUUCUUCAGGAAUGUCACCGCUGAAGAUGAAGAAAGUGUUGGUCUGUCUUUAUUUGGACCUCCUAAGUCUCAAAAUAACAUCCAGCAUUGGGUUAGAGUGUCUUGCAAAAGCCUCGGGGAGCAAGUCAUUGUCUUAAAGGUUGGAAACAACCCCACAGUCACCAACCCUUUUCCAGCGGUUGGGUCUGCUGCAGUGAAGUUCAUCUGUGCUGUCCCUUCCCGACUCACUUUGACUCCUGUUUAUACAAGUCCUCAGCUUGAUCUCUCCUGCCCCUUGCUGCAACAAAACAAGCAAGUGGUUCCUGUUUCAAAUCACCGCCAUCCAGUUUUGGAUUUGGCUGCAUAUGACCAACAGGGCAGUAGAUUUGAUAACUUCAGUUCUCUCAGUGUUACCUGGGAAUCAUCAAAACCGUCCUUAGCUAAUAUUGAGCCUGAUAUGCCAAUGGAGCUGACUCUGAAAGAAGAUGGAAGUGGUCAAAAGAGAAUGCAUGGCUUACAAACUGUUGCGGUUCAUCAUGAGUCUGGAACAGCCACCAUCUCUGCAGCUGCAUCAGAAUACCAGCAGUCCCAUCUCCAGGCAGCGAAAGUCAAAACACAGAAUGAACCUCUUCUACCAAUUUCUGCCACUAUUGAACUAAUGCUAGUUGAGGAUGUAAAAGUAAGCCCUACUGAUGUCUCCAUUUACAAUCACGCUGACAUACAGGCAGAACUUUUCAUCAAAGAAGGUUCUGGGUAUUUUUUCAUUAAUACUAGUGUUCCAAACAUUGUAAGAGUGACUCAUGAAGAAACUCAAGGUAUUGCUUUGGUGCAUCCCCUGCUGCCAGGAUCGGUGACUGUGAUGAUUCAUGACUUGUGUUUGGCUUUCCCUGCACCAGCCAAAGCUGAAAUUUAUGUCUCUGAUAUCCAGGAGCUGUAUGUCCGAGUUGUUGACAAGGUGGAAAUUGGGAAAACGGUUAAAGCUUUUGUCAGAGUUCUGGAUGACUCUAAGAAACCUUUCCUGGCAAAAUACUUUGCUGUGAUGGAUCUAAAGCUAAAGGCAGCAUCUCAGAUUGUGUCACUCAUCCCACUCAGUGAAGCUCUUGAUGACCACACUGCUGCUUUUCUUGUCCAUGGGAUGGCCAUUGGUCAGACUAGUCUUAUGGCAACUGUUGGUGACAAGAGAGGACAAAGAAUCAAUUCUGCUCCACAGCAGAUCGAAGUCUUUCCUCCUUUUAGGCUGCUACCAAGAAAGGUGACUGUGAUCACUGGGGCCAUGAUUCAGAUCACUUCAGAAGGAGGCCCUCAACCUCAGUCCAACAUCAUUUUCUCCAUCAGCAAUGAGAAGGUUGCAUCAGUGAACAGCAUGGGAUUUGUCACAGGAGUGGCGGUCGGGAAUGGGACGGUGACAGGAGUGGUGCAAGCUGUCGAUGCAGAGACAGGAAAGCUUGUUGUGGUGUCUCAGGACAAAGUGGAAGUUGAAGUAGUACAGCUCACAGGUGUUAGAAUUCAUGCGCCAAUAACACGAAUGAAAACUGCAACACAGAUGCCAGUUUAUGUAAUGGGCACCACCAGUAGUCAGACUCCUUUUUCAUUUGGCAAUGCAGUGCCAGGAUUAACAUUCCACUGGUCUGUCACCAAGAGGGAUAUUCUGGAUAUCAAGACAAGACACAGUGAGGCUUCUUUUCAGCUUCCUGCAAAAUACAACUUUGCAAUGGAUGUUUAUGGCAGAGUAAAGGGAAAAACAGGCCUGAAAGUUGUUGUUAAGGUCCUUGAUCCUGCAGCAAAUCAGUUUUACAACAUGGCAAGAGAACUGUCUGAUGAAAUCCAAAUUCAGGUGUUUGAAAAGCUUCAUCUAAUCACUCCAGAAGUAGAAACAGAGCAGAUCUUAAUGUCGCCAAAUUCCUUUAUUAAACUUCAGACAAACAGGGACCGAGUGGCUUCACUGCAUUACCGUGUCCUGGAUGGACCAGAAAAAGUUCCUGUUGUAAAAAUCGAUGAGACAGGUUUCCUUAACUCUGGGUCUUUGGUAGGAUCAUCAACAAUUGAAGUGAUUUCACAGGAAUCGUUUGGGAUCAACCAGACCAUUGUAGCUACGGUUAAGGUCUGCCCCAUCUCAUACCUACGAAUCUCCAUGAGUCGUGUUCUGCACACACAGAACAAAGAGGCAUUGCUGGCUCUUCCCCUGGGUGUGACGCUGACCUUCACAGUCCAUUUUCAUGACAACUCUGGAGACACUUUCCAUUCACAUAACUCCGUGCUCAACUUUGCAACAAACAGAGAUGACUUUGUCCAGUUUGGGAAAGGAGCCACAAACAACACCUUUGUAAUCCGGACUGUAAAUGUUGGCUUGACCUUGCUGAAAGUCUGUGAUGCAGAACAGAGUGGAAUUGCAGACUACAUCCCACUUCCUGUGCAACAUGCCAUUUUUCCUGAGCUCACGGAUGUGGUGGUAGGCGAUGUGCUCUGUUUGAGCACCUCCCUGCUGAACCAAGAAGGCCCGCCGGGCACAUGGAGCUCCUCACUAAGCAACGUGCUUCAGGUCGACCCCAAGACUGGUGCAGCCAUGGCGAGGGAGGCCGGUGUUGUCACCAUCUACUACGAGAUCCCUGGAUCCCUGAAAACCUACAGAGAGGUAUUGAUUAACGUACCUCAGAGGACUACAGCAAUGCAUGUAAGUGGAGUCAAAGCAAGCUUACAGGGAGUUGCAGCCUCCAAAGUAGUCGUUUCAGUUGGAGAAAGAAAUACAAACUUGAGAGGGGAGUGCUCACCUGCUCAGAUCGAAGCCAUUUCUGAAUUACAACCACAGUCCAUUAUCAGCUGCCAUCUGGGUUUUAGCAACGGUGUGUUUGACUUCCCAGCACGGGAUAUUUUUCUAGCAGAACCUGGAUUUGAUGCAGUUUCAGGACAUUACACCUGUUCCAUCACAAUGCACAGGCUCACUGACAAGCAGCUGAAGCAGCUCAGCAUGAGUAGAACUGCUCUCAGAGUUACAGCUUCGAUCCAAAGCAGCCACUUCUCUGGGGAGCAGAUCAGUACUGAGGUGCCAUUCAAUCCCGGCUUUUAUGCUGACCAAACGGAAAUGCUUUUAAGCAAUCGUUACACGAGCUCCGAUGUGAAAAUAUUUGGUGCCACCGAAAUUCUUGAUACCCUGGAGGUGAAAUCUGGAUCACCAAGAGUGAAGGCAUUUGAGAAGGAGAAAUCCUAUGGGCUGCCUAGUUAUGUAGUCUACACUGUUAGUCUGUCUGACCCAAGAGUUUCAAGCCAGGGAUCCUUAUCAACCACUCUUACUGUCUCUAGUCCUGUGACUGACCAGUCUAUCACCAUCCCAGUGACAGUGAUUUACUUGACUGACAGAACCAGUGCACCAGUGAAACAUGGAGCCAGCCUGUUCCAGCACUUUCUUGAUUCUUACCAAGUAAUGUUCUUCACGCUUUUUGCACUACUAGCAGGGACAGCUGUUAUGAUUAUAGUCUAUCAUGCAGUUUUCUCACCCAAAGAAGAGCACAGUCAUCCAGCAUUUACCCCAAGGACCACUCCUCAACACACCUAUAAUAGUUUCUCCGCAUCACCUGUGCUUCCCUUCAGUCCUCAGUCCUCAAGCAGGAAAACAAGCCCAUCUUCCACGCUCUGGAGCACAGGCUAUGGUUCCCGUUAGGGGCAGCAGGACUCAUCCUUGUGCGCUAGGGCUGGAAAAGCAGAAAAAUACAAAAAUGAGUGCCUUUAACAAUUGUGACUGUCAGAACUUUCACAGUUUUGCUGUAAUUCAUCUCUGGAAUUGGAACUGGCUUCUUUUUUAUUUUUUAAUAUGUAUUUAGAGCUUUUUGAAUUUUUUGCCUUAUUUUUUUUUGUCAGUGUUCACUUCUUUGGAAUUUCCUUUACCUGCUGUUUUACACUUAGAUGACAAGGCUGGCUGGACAGAAGCCGAGUUUAUGCUGAGCUUUCUUGCACUCUUCAAGCAACUGGAGGUUAUGUCUAAGUGAUAGAGGUAAAAAAUGUUGUGGGUUUUUUGUUUGUUUUUUUGUAAAAAAUUUUGAUGAACUUUUUUUAAAAAGGGAAAUAGAAAAAUAGGUCAAAUAUGAGCCAAAACUAUGAAGAGAUUGUAUAUUUCAAAGAACUAUUUUUUAUUUUGAGUUCUAAAGACUCAGGAAUGUACUGCACUGAUAAGUGUUCUCACAUUCAGCCUUACAAUGCCAUUCAUCACCAUAAUGUGCUGGUUUAACAUUAGGAAUGCUGGAACAACUGUGAAUAAUUUGGAGCUGUUUCUACAACAACAAAAACCAAGAAAACCAAAACUCUCUUAGUGCAGCUUCCUUCGAGUACAAUUGCAGUAUUCCUGUCUUGUUACUGUAAGCACUUUUUUUGGACUGGAAUGUGAAAGCAUGUGCAAGCAUGUGCCUUUGAAGUGGACCUUUCU